UUAUAGAGUUUAUACGUCAAAGAGGUUGCACUGAUUUUUCGACAUUAUUUGUUCUGGAACAAAAUCAUUAAAUAACGAAGAAUUAACUAGAUUAUAGCUGAUUCUAAGCACUAAUCUAUAGCCAUCAAGUGCAUAACUUACCAAAGCAUCUAAAAAUAGUCAAUAUCAAACAAUGGGAAACACAGUUCAAACAGCAACAAUAGAUCCAGUAAAGGUUGUAGAGAAUAAGGAGACUGGAGAGAAACCAAAGUGUAAAGCAUGUUGUGCAUGUCCAGAGACGAAGAAAGCUCGUGAUGAAUGUGUUUUGAAAUUCGGGGAAGAGAACUGCAGCGAAUUAAUAGAGAAGCAUAAACAAUGUAUGCGAGAUAUGGGUUUUAAGAUCUAAGCCUGUCAUCCCCAAAUGUGUGCUUAAGGUUAUUUAUAAUUGAUAUUUAUGUAAAUAUAUAGUUUGACCUUGAAUUAUGUAGGAACUAAUGAAAUAAAACAGUUUGAAAUCUAA